AUGGGAGACAUCGGGGCCGAGUUCGCGGCGUUCAAGAGCGACAUGCAGAAAAAGGACCAAGCGCUUGACGCCUUCUACCUGCUCGUGUGUGGAACCUUCGUCUUCUUCAUGCAGUGCGGGUUCGCCUUGCUCGAGGCCGGCACAGUGCGCUCGAAAAACACAAAGAACAUCCUUCUCAAGAACCUGCUGGACGCCUGCCUCGGUGCCAUCAUCUGGUGGGCGUGGGGCAUGGGCGCCGCGUACGGAGAGAGUGGCGAAUCGGAUGGGAACGUAUUCAUUGGCACGGCGCCAGACGGCGGCGGCCCGUUUCUCGCGGCCGGCUGGGCUGAAGUCGGUUUUGACCCGGCCAAUGGCAAAGUCCUCGCCCUCUGGUUCUUCCAAUAUGUCUUCGCGGCGACUGCGGCCACCAUUGUCUCGGGGGCGGUCUGCGAGCGCGCCACGAUCGGCGCCUAUAUCGCCUACACCUGCUUCAUCACGGGCCUCAUCUACCCCGUCGUUGUGCACUGGGUCUGGUGCGACAACGGCUUCCUCUCGGGCGCCUUCACCCAAGACAAGGACAAGACCGUCCUCGGCGGCUGCCUCGACUUUGCGGGCUCGGGCGUGGUGCACUUGACAGGCGGCGUCGCGGCGCUCUGCGGCGCAAUCUUCAUCGGGCCUCGCAUCGGCCGCUUCGACGACGCCGGCCAGCCUGUGCCGAUGCCGGGCCAGUCCACCCCCUUCCAGGUCCUCGGCACCUUCAUCCUCUGGAUGGGCUGGUACGGCUUCAACCCGGGCUCCACCCUCGGCAUCACGCCCGCCGGGUACGGCACCAUCAUGGCGCGCGCCGCCAUGUGCACAACCCUCUCCGCCGCCGUGGGCGGCAUCACCGUCGUCGGCUUCGGCCGCAUCUUCUCAAAGACGUACGACGUGGGCAUGAUGUGCAACGGCAUCCUCGCCGGCCUCGUCUCCAUCACCGCCGGCUGCGCCUGCAUGCUCCCGUGGGCCGCCUUCCUCACCGGCUUCAUCGGCGCCUUCGUGUACUACGGCGCCUCCAAGCUCAUGCUCAAGCUGCAGAUCGACGACCCGCUCGACGCCUUCGCGGUGCACGGCGCGUGCGGCUUCUGGGGCGUCCUCGCCGUGGGCGUGUUCGGCCACCCCGACUACGUCAGCUUCGGCUGGAACGGCGAAAACGGGGACGUCGCGGGCGAGGCGCACACCGGCUUCCUGUACGGCGGCAGCACGCUCUUCGCCGCGCAGCUCGUCGCGCUCAUCAUCGAGUUCGCGUGGGUGGGCUGCACCUCUUCGAUCCUCUUCUUCACCCUCAAGAUGACAGGCGUGCUCCGCGUCUCGGAGCAAACCGAGCGCAACGGCAUGGACCCGAGCAAGCACGGCGGCUCCGCGUACAACUAGUCUACUGACGGUCGCUGCCGGCGAGGGCUGUCUCAAGGGAGACGGAGAAUCGCAACUCCUCUCGCCGCGCGUGGGACAGCGUGCCUCGGGAUAAGAUUCGAUCUUCCCGCGGGCAGCCCCGCGUGGCAGAACGCGCAUGGGGAUGCAUGGGUUCGUGGAACGCGGGCACUUCUGGGUAGGGCGGCGGAGAAUCGCAACUCCUUUCGAUCGCCGCGCGUGGGACAGCGUGCGCCUCGGGAUAAGAUUCGAUCUUCCC